AUGUCUCACUUCAACUACAACUACAGUGAGCACCACAACAUCAGUGACUACACCUACAAAUGCAACCACAACAAAUCUUACGAACACCACACCUGUAACAAAUACAACUACAAGGCCUAUAACAUCUUCAACUACACCUGUGAACACUACAACAGCAAUGCCGACUACACCAACAAAUGCAACCACAACAAAUCUUACAAACACCAACCCAACAAAUACAACAACAGCAACAACAACAAAGCUAACAACAACAAUGCCAACAACAACAACAACAACGAAGUCAACAACAACAACGACAGCAGCAGUGGCUGUGAUGGCAACAGACCAGAGAACCUGAAUGACACCAUUACCCUGGAGCCUUGCCCUGCUGCAUCAGCUGAAACAUCAAGCCAUCCACCUCACUCCUCCUCCACGUCCACCACUAUGUACAACCAUUACUCCAGCUCUUGGGUCUCACACUUACAGAUUCCUUGGGAAAGAUUUCCACUCCGACUGUCGCAUGCAAUCACAAGAGGAGACAGAGCUCAUCCAGAGAACAGGAUAAGUAUGGUUAGAAUUGUUGUGGAGGCCAUGCAAGUUCACUGCAGGAACCCUAAACGUGCAUCUUGUGAAGAAGUUGCUAAAAUCAUUGUAAACAGAUACCCUCAAACAUUUGCAGAUUUUACUGAAAAGGGAGAAAGACUGGGUUGUGGACAUCAUUCACUACUAAGAAGCAUCAAAUCUAGAGUUGAACAUGUUAAUCAAGAUAAUACAACACAUAGACUUCGUCAAAAAAAGAGAACCAGGAAUGAGGAAGACUGCAGUCCCAACAGUAAUGCGACCUCACCUAAAAAAGUUAGAUGCCUUGUUGAUAGCUAUGGUUGUAUAAAUUGGCAGCCAGUUGAACUUCCUGAUGGGGAAACACCAGCUUCUAUAGAGGAAAAGAAGCACAUCUUGUUAACAAUUUUUAAUUCAGAAGGACCUGGAGCUGUGGAGAGACCUGAUGUGGAUGACUUCAUGUGCCUCACAUAUAUUUCUCAGCGGCAGCUUAUCAACAGUUGUCCCUCACUUUCAGUACCUGAAAUUCAGGAGCAGUGGCCAUUCUUGUUUACUCAGAAAGGUUUUUUGAACCACUUUUACAAACUCACAGGCAUCGAUAUCAGUGAGCACUUAGGUCAGGCCCUCAUAACCAAAGGCAGAAGGAUUAUUAACUAUUUCUCCAGCCAGAAGCUCAAAUGGAACCUUGGUAUAAGGACACUCAUCCAGCAGAUAGAAAGUGAGGGAGUUUUGACCAACAACAAGGUUGGCACAGCAGCCAUACUUCUCAUGAUGAAGUACUAUAAGGAAGAUGAAGACCCCCUCUUUGUCUUAGCAGAUGAAACAUCUACCAGGAUGUCCCUUGAAGCAGAGAGCAACCUGCCAAUCGCUCCAAGGCUGAUUAUGCUUGGACAAAGUUCAAUGACCGCCACCAGGUGGAUGGUGAGUGCAGAGGGACGUGUAAUUGUUGAGCUGGACAAAGAGAACACCUUUGCUGAUACGAUGUCAGUCUUCUUUGGUUCAUUCUAUGUAUUGAACCUGGAAUACCAGGAGUCAGCGUGUGCAACAUUGGAACUAAUUCAGAGGUUUUUUGCAAGGAUAAACCCUGAAGAGGGAACAAAAUGUACCUCCAAGGUUGGGACAAGCAGAAAGACUGGGACCACUGUGAAGCCAAAGGUUGUUCACAUUAACCCUCAUGUCACAACUUUCCUCCAGCGGCUUACUGAAUUUGAGUGGAAAACUUCAAAUUAGACGGUCCAUGGCCCAUGCUUUCUGGACAUUUACACAAGACGAACAACAAUGAAGACAAGCUCUUUUGCCAUCUUGCAAGACGCUGUCUCUGUCCAAUAGGUUUUUUG